AUGUGGAACAACAACAAUAUCUCAAGCACCUUGAGCACUGGAGCAAGUGCUGAAGGGCCGAACAGCAUUCUAGUAACAAGUCAUGUGAUCAUAGCUCUUCUUUCUCCUGUAGCAGUAGUGGGGAAUGCAGUAGUUUUAACAGCGAUUUGGAAGAAGUCCUUUCAGAGAACACCUUUUCAUAUUCUUUUGAGUGUUUUAGCGAUUACUGACUUGUGUACUGGAGUUGCCACCUCUAUCAUGUCGAUUCCCUAUUUGUAUAACCAUACGCUUUAUACAACUGAAUCAGCAAUUGGGGUUCUCAGUGGAACAUAUCUGGUGUCUCUAACGAUACUUGUUAUAACACUUAUGUCUAUCGAACGUUGGCUGCACAUGACUCGGCGAUCCUCAAUAACAUCGCGCCAUGGAUGUCUCAUCGCUGCCGUCUCCCUAGUAGUGCCAAUUCCUUUCGUUGUUCUACAGGGUAUUUAUUUUUACAAGGAUAGUUUUAAACUAGAGGUAGGGACUGCUAUGGGAGUAUAUCUGCUAUCUUGCUACUUGGCCACUUCUGUUGCGUAUUUCAAAGUGUUCCGAAUAAUUCGCCGACACCAGCAACGGAUUCGUGGAAACCAGUCGUGUCAAAGUGUUGGUCAGCCAGCGAUUGACUUGGCGAAAUACAAGAAAUCCGUAAUUUCAAUCUUGUACAUUCUUAUUUUGUUUUCUUUUUCUUUCUUGCCUGUGACAGUUAUACUCUUCCUCCUUGUUAAAUGGGGUGAGAGCAAGGGAACAUGGGAGCCACAUCACGUGUCUUUGGUGUUCUUAUAUUUGUCUUCCAGUCUCAAUCCUGGUCUUUACAUCUGGAGAAUGAGAGACAUUCGUGAUGGAGUAAAAUCUCUAUUCUGCCCUUGUAGAUCCCAGCAAUAGGCCAUUUGCACGAUGACCUCAUUUUUAUUUUGUAAUCCCAGUGAGGUUUCGAUAACAACAGCCCUAAUUUGCACAAGAAAGCAAAGUCCUGAGGGAUUCUUGUCGUAGCAGUAAAAUGACGUCAUCAUGCAAAGGGCCUAUUAUUCCACGAGUGCGCGGUGGCUAUAAUCAUCUCAUAUCCAACAAGUGCGAGUGGAACAAAUGUUUUAUUGAAAACGCCUACAAAAUAUCGAGAAUUCUUCCCGGCUUUAUUUGUAAAAACAACCGAUUUUCUGCUUAUUUUUAAUUUUGAGCGGACGCGUACAGUUACCAUAUUUGGAGAGCAUUGUACAAUGGCCCAUAUACCAUGAUGGCUAAGCCAAUAAAAGCUCUAGAAUUACAGUAUCCAAUGAUUCAGUUUUUAAUAAUAUGAAUUAUCAUCAGUGAAUUACGGGGGACCACUCAACAAAGUUCUUCUCGUAGAGGCUUCGCCACAAUGUCCAACUCCUUACCUUUUUAUAUACCUUUUUUGACGGAAAAGGUACCCUGUUAGCCCUUGUGUUUUCCUUUUGGAGACUAAAAUGACAUAUUUCCCUGCGCUUUCAUAUGCUCCAACCAAUGAAAUACUUACCCUUUCAACUAGCAGAAGCCUGAACCCGGGCGCGCGAAGCCCUCUCGUAUAGGCUAUUAUGGUGGUACCCCUCUCUUAAGGGGUGAAUCGUAGGUAACCACAACUGAAUUGCUGGAGAUCAAGGAUCCAUAUGUCUUAUGUAGUUUCUUAAUGUGUUAACAUCUGAGAAUGCUUUAAGCAGCUCAACAACAAUGCUGGUUAAAUUUAUGGCACCUUUGAGGAACCGAAACCUUCAGCAAAGCAGAAAAAAACGAUCAUGUGUGACCACCUCCAAUAAGCGUCCACUUUUCAAAACACUAAAAUUUUCCCCAGUCAAACCAUUAAAUGACCACCUCUCGCAAGCGAACGCGAUUAACUAUUUGGAUCACGGUUUUGGAAUUUCCACUGAUUUAUCCUCCUGUAACCCGACUACUUGAGCCAUUUUUGAUCUCUAAGUUCGCUGUAUGUACUACACCACUCAGAGUAAGCGAAGAACAUUUAGUGAGAACAUGAAACUACACAUAUCGUUAAUAAGAAAUUACAUGCAAAAAAUUCUCUUAUAGAAUGUAGAUGUGUAGGAAAUAUUCUAUGAAGGGACCCCCUGUGACUACUUUCUCGUUAGCGACCACUUCCACGAAAUCUUCGCACUUUGGGUGGUCGUUUACGGGAGGUUCGACUGUAGUCGAUGACAAUCUGUGCCUCUGAAGUUAAAAGCUAAGGCCAGUCAUUCAUGUUGGUGGCUGUGAACUGAUGAGCGUUUCAAGCACAAAAUAUCUAGUGUUAGAGAUCGACAGUGGAUUCUCCCAUUGCGUCCCUUUUGAAGGAUGACGCAGCAAGGUAUCAUCUGGUAUUGGAAUUAUCAAGCGUGUAUGAUCAAUGAUCCCACUUACACCCCAAAUACUGUCUACAAGUUUAAGCACAUUUUCAUUUUUACUUGUUACAAAAAAUUAGAAGAAACUGUCCUAUCUCGCGUGGAACAGUUCAGGUAAGACUUUGACUGAUUCUUGACAUGAGUAGUAUAGUGGAGAUUUUUUGAACCCCAUUUCUGCGCAGUAAUAUUUAAUUUAUGCAGAAAUAUUCCUUUGUCUUUAGCUCAUGAAUAAAAUACAGAGGAAUCUCAUUAAUGAGAUUUAUGCUUCUGUAAGAUUUGAUGCUAUGCUAAGUUUACUUUUUGUCACGGCCCUUUCAAAGCCAAUACAUGCUAAAAUAAAUAAUUAUUAUGUUUUCCUUGUUUCGCAGUUUUACCUCCCAGAGAUACGAGAAGCUACCACUUUCCUGGGGGGCGGCUGGGGGAGUCGUUAUCUAGUUAGUGCGGGAGAGCACGUUUCGUGAAAUAUGGCCUGUACCCAGUAGGCUGAUCUUCUGAAGAUGUUUUCAGGACUGUUUUCGACGUAUUUUCCCAGGCCCUUUUUAACGAGGCCAAUGAAGUGCUCCAAUACCUAAAGGCACAGUUUCUGCUAUAAGGCCCCAAAUUGUUGAGAUUUCGAUCUCCCAGUUAUAAUAUUUUGAUAGAUUUUCAACCAUUUUGACAGAUGUAUUUCGUUCAGCGAAUAUAGCCAUAUCAAUAACUGGACAUUUAUUCAGCUCUUGGUCCUUGAUAAUGAUGUCAGGCCUGUUGGAUUUGAUUUCUUUAUCGGCAUGAACCGGCAUGUCCCAGAGGACAUUCAUUUUCUGUUCCUGUUUGUGGUGUACGCUUGUACCACUUGUCCGCCAGUUGAUGUUGUAAACUUUGCAGAUAUUCGGGUGGGUGUAAGGGGCGGACUUUACUUAUUCAGGGCAGCCACUUGUAAUGUGAUCGAUGGUUUCUUCAUAGCGGUUACUUAUUAUUAUGAUUAUGAUUAUGAUUAUGAUUAUGAGUAUUAAUAUGAUUAUGAUUUAAUGUUUUAUUCACUAUCAAGCUUCGCUUGAUUUUUUUUAUGGUCGCCAUCAUUAUUAUCAUUCCCCUUUAUAAGAGAUCUAUUAAAAAAAAAAGGAUUGAAAGGAGUCGAGUUCGGAAGAGCGUCAUGUUUUCCCUGUUAAAAGAAUAUAAAUGUCAGUUAUUGGAAAAUGAAAUUUCAUGAAAGAACAAAGCAACGGUCAACAACAGUCAACAAAAGCAAAAACAACAGGAACCGGACAUCGAAUUGAAUAUAAGUAAUUUCAACUUAGCACAUAUAUAGCAGCAAAAACUAAUUAAUAAUUGAUUAAGGUUUUUUUAUAUAUGAUAAAAGAUUCAAGUGAAAUCCAACAAUCUUCCCAAGGCCUUCAAUAGACUGAUGUCAGUGCCUAUGAAAACUGUUCAAAAGUUGUGUCUUCUGGCGCUGUUUGUAUUGUAAGAUACAAUACCCAAUAUUAUUUACGCAGUUUAAAAGCUAACAAUUUUUCUACCGUCUAUAAACUUAUCAAGCCAAUUAAGCCGCUUUAUUUUUAACACAAGCGAAGGUGAACCGAGCUGCGCCAUCUUGUUCAACAUCACGACUUGGCCCUCUCCAUUCUGCAUUUUCCAAUACUAGUACCAUGAGCACUGGAGCAAGCGCUAAAGAGACGAACAGUAUUCUUGUCGUAAGUCAUGUGAUCAUCGUUCUUUUCUCCCCCAUGGCAGUGCUGGGAAAUGCAGUGGUUUUGAUGGCGAUUUGGAAGAAUUCCUUUCAGAGAACAUCUUUUCACAUUCUUUUGAGUGUUUUGGCGUUUACGGACUUGUGCACCGGUAUGGCGACCCCUUUGGUGUCCAUUCCUUACUUGCUGCUCCAUACAUUCGGAACUGUCUCGGCGAUUGGAAUUUUCAUUGAAGCAUAUCUUGUCUCUCUUACGAUACUUGUCAUAACUCUAAUGUCUAUUGAACGGUGGCUGCACAUGACUCACCGAUCCUUACUCACAUCACGCCGUGGAUAUCUUACCGCUGUCAUAUCCCUGCUAGUGCCAAUUCCCUUAGUUACUUUGCAAGUAUUUAACUUCAUCGAGGAGCGGCUGGUACCAGCGACAAAUGCUAUAUCAGGCGUAUAUAUGCUAUCGUGUUACUUUGCCACCUCUGUUGCAUAUUUCAAAGUGUUCCGUAUUAUUCGACAGCACCAGCAACAAAUUCAUGGGAACCAGUCUCGUCAAAAUUUUGGUCGACCAGCGAUCGACUUGGCAAAGUAUAAGAAAUCCAUCUUUUCAAUCUUGUACAUUCUCGCUUUAUUUUCUUUGUGCAUUUUACCUUUCAUUGUUUCGCUCUUCCUCCUUGUUCUUUUGGGUAAGGAGAGCGGAACGUGGGCGCCAUAUCACGUAUCUUUGGUUUUCUUAUUUUCAGCAUCCUGUCUCAAUCCUGGUCUUUAUAUUUGGAGAAUGAAAGACGUUCGUGAUGCAGUCAAAAAGUUGUGUUGUUGCACAAACGGAUGCCACUAG